AUGGCAAAACAGAAUAUACAGCAAAUGGCCCAACUGAAUCGGGAGUUUGAAAAUUCAGCGAUGAUGGCUAAUCAAAAGAGAAUUACUGCUAAUGCCAUUCAUUUAGCAGAUGACAGAGAAAGAGCGAUUCGAGCAUAUGCACACCUAGCUGUGGAAGAGCUAUAUCCGUGCAUUAUUAGACCCGAAACGCAAGGAACCACGUUUGAGCUAAAGCCCGUGAUGUUUCAAAUGUUGCAAACCAUUGGAAAAUUUCAUGGACUAUCGUCGGAAGAUCCCCACCUACAUCUAAAGUCAUUUUUGGGAGUUAGUGACUCGUUUCGAUUCCAAGGAGUGGAUAAAGACGUGAUUAGAUUGAGCUUAUUCCCUUAUUCUUUGAGGGAUGGUGCUAAAUCAUGGUUGAAUACCUUAGCAUCAGGAACAAUUGAUUCUUGGAAUAGUCUAGCAAAGAAAUUUUUUAUCAAGUAUUUUUCACCCACUAGAAAUGCACGGUUCAGAAAUGAGAUUGUCGCUUUUCAACAAUUUGAAGAUGAAACACUAAGUGAAGCGUGGGAGAGAUUCAAGGAGAUGCUUAGAAAAUGUCCUCAUCAUGGAUCACCUCAAUGUAUACAAAUGGAGACUUUCUACCAUGGAUUAAAUAUUGCUACUAAACAAGUAGUUGAUGCUUCCGCCAAUGGAGCUAUUUUGUCAAAGACAAACAAUGAAACAUAUGAAAUUUUAGAGAGAAUAGCAUCAAACAAUUGUCAAUGGGCGGAUGUGAGAAGCAACCCAGGAAAGAAGACUCGACUUGAAGUUGAUGCUUUGUCUUCUAUCAACGCUCAACUAGCUUCGGUGACUAAUAUUUUACAAAAUCUAGCAUUGGGACAAGGCUCAAUGACCAAAGCACCAGCCCAUACAGCUGUUGUAAUGACCCAAACAGCAGCUAAAUCUUGUGUAUAUUGUGGAGAAGAACACACUUUUGAUCAAUGUCCAAGCAAUUCGGCCUCAAUUUUUUAUGUGGGGAAUCAAGCUAGUCAAGGGAACCCGAAAAAUAAUCCCUUCUCAAAUACUUAUAAUCCGGGGUGGAGAAAUCAUCCAAACUUCUCAUUGAAGAGACAAGGCUCAUACAAUCAACAAAUGCCACCUAAAGCAAUUUAUCCUCUAGGUUUUGAAGACAAGGCUCAUACAAUCAACAAAUGCCACCUAAAGCAAUUUAUCCUCUAG